AUCUGUUGAGUGAGGCACGACUCAGUUUAAUCUGUGAAGAGUGGGAGUGGGGUGUUCUUGAGGGACAAAUCCUGCCACAAGAGUGUUUAAAAGUGAACAAAUCACACUGGGAGUGUAAGAUGAACCUGAACAGCUGUCAAACUCUGUCAGUCGGUGGACAGGACUUGAAGAAUGGCAGCCGAGCCCCCAGGGAAGAUGCUCGAGCAGUUCUGAAGCCCUCCACACCCACAAAGAAACCUCAACCACCCAAGCCGCAGAACGCCAUCACCAUCGCCGUGUCGUCCCGAGUCCUCUUCAACAUGGAGAAGGAGCAGCAGAUCUUUGAGCAGCAGGGCAUGGAGGAGUACAUCCAGUACCAGGUGGCGCAUGAAACGGAGCCGUUCAGUCCUGGACCUGCCUUCUCUUUUGUUAAGGCUCUGGAGGCUGUCAACACCCAACUGAGGGAGCAUUAUCCUGAGAGUGAGGAGCUUUUUGAUGUAGUUCUCAUCACCAACAACCACGCGUACGUUGGCCUAAGACUCAUCAAUACCAUCAACCAUCACCAGCUGUUCAUCGAGCGCUUCUGUAUGACGGGAGGAAACAGUCCUAUAGGCUACCUGAAGGCCUACCACACCAACCUCUACCUGUCUGCUGACCCAGUCAAGGUCCACGAGGCUCUGGAGCAAGGUAUAGCAGCAGCCACCAUGUUCACCCCGGAGAAGAUGACCGAAGUGUCGGAGACUCAGCUGCGCGUUGCUUUUGACGGUGACGCAGUGCUUUUCUCAGAUGAGUCGGAGCGGAUUUUUAAGGCCCACGGACUGGACAAGUUCUUUGAGCACGAGAAGGCGCAUGAGAACAAACCUCUGGACCAUGGUCCACUGAAAUGCUUCUUGGAGGUUUUGGGAAAACUGCAGAAGAAGUUUUACGCCAAAGGCCAGCGCAUGGACUGCCCCAUUCGGACCUACCUGGUGACGGCUCGCAGCGCAGCCAGUUCUGGUGCCAGAGCCCUAAAAACCCUGCGCUCGUGGGGUCUGGAGAUCGACGAGGCUCUGUUCCUCGCAGGAGCGCCCAAAGGUCCGAUGCUGGAGAAGAUCAGGCCUCACAUCUUCUUUGACGACCAGAUGUUUCACGUAGAGGGGGCAGCGGAAAUGGGGACCGUAGCGUGCCACGUGCCCUACGGGGUCGCUCAGAGGAUCCCAAGGAAAGGAGUAAAAGACAAAGAGACGUGUCCUACUGUUAAGUAGCACAACAUGUCAGCGUGGACACACAGGAGACACAUUCUGUCCUUCAGCUGCAUGAUGCGUUUAAUAACGGCUGAAGAGUAAAAACCGAUGCAACGUACAGGUUGAAGUGAAAAAUAAACACCAUCUCAUGAAAUUUCAUAUAUUUAGGAAU